ACCUUAAUAAAGUAAAAACGGAAUGUGCAAGAGUACACCAGUGCUACCUAAUAGUUUUCAAUAGACCUACUGAGAGAGUACCGAGGCGCUUGUGAUGACCACUUUUGGAGGUAAAGCGAAAGCGUCAAUUUCUCUUUCGCUGGUGUUGUGGCUGGUGAAUACUUCCAAACUUGCACGAUAGCCGCAUACGGAAAGCGGUGGGUUCAAAAGGGACAGUUCCCGCUGUAGUCGCGCAAUGGAGAACGUAAGCUCAAGGGAAAGCCCUGGGACCGAACUGGACCGGGAACGACAGUACUGUGAGCUUUGUGGUAAGAUGGAGAAUCUGCUUAAGUGUGGCCGAUGUCGCAACUCUUUUUACUGUAGCAAAGAGCACCAGAAACAAGACUGGAAAAAGCAUAAGAGGGUAUGCAAGGAGGCCGAGAAAGCACAGAGCCCGCCGCAGUCCGACCCACCGCUGUCUCCCCAGAAUGACAAGAAAGCCGGACAGCAGGGACCAACGCAGAGGAACAGUGCCAACCAAAGUAUGGCCUUUCAAAGCACCUCUCAGACUGGGCCUUCAAAGUCGUCAUCCGACGAUGAAAGAAUGAAAGAUUUUAUCACGUCUACAGCUGGCUCUGGUAGUGUUGCUGAGAACAAACAAACUGGGGACGGUAUUACCAAUAACACAAAGCCCAACGGACAAACGAGGUCUCCUCCGCAAAAACUGGCCCUUGAAUACAUAGUUCCAUGUAUGAACAAGCAUGGUAUCUGUGUUGUUGACAACUUUCUCGGAGAGGAGACUGGACUCAAAAUUUUGGAGGAUGUUCGAGCUCUGUACCAAACUGGCAAAUUCACUGAUGGACAGUUGGUCAGUCAAAGAAGCGACUCCUCCAAAGACAUAAGAGGCGACAAGAUUACUUGGAUUGAAGGAAGAGAACCUGGCUGCGAGAAGAUCGCAUUUCUAAUGAGUCGCAUGGACGAUCUUGUUCGGCACUGUAAUGGUAAACUGGGGAACUACAGAAUAAAUGGAAGAACGAAAGCAAUGGUGGCUUGUUAUCCUGGUAAUGGGACCGGAUAUGUUCGACAUGUGGAUAACCCUAACGGAGAUGGGAGAUGUGUGACAUGCAUUUAUUACCUAAAUAAAGACUGGGAUGCCAAGGAGCAUGGCGGCCUGCUAAGAAUCUUCCCCGAGGGCAAAGCUCAGUUUGCUGACAUUGAACCCAAGUUUGACAGACUGCUGUUCUUCUGGUCAGACAGAAGGAACCCACAUGAGGUGCAGCCCGCCUAUGCCACAAGGUAUGCCAUUACUGUAUGGUAUUUUGAUGCUGAUGAGCGUGCUCGGGCUAAAGAGAAAUAUCUAACAGGUGCAGGAGAGAAGGGAGUGAAGAUGGAACUGAACAGGACAUCUGAACCAAGCUAAUAUAUGAGGGAGGGAGGAGGUGUGUGAGGAGGAGGAGGAGAGGAGGAGGACGCGAUUCUCCGGAGUGCUGCUGUCUGCUGCUGUGAGAGGGAUGAGCGUUAGAUGGAAAGAGUGGACAGGAACAUCUGUUCUCCCUGGUUAGACACCAUCCGUCUAAUGGGGCUCAAGACAGUGACCUUGAAUGUGAUUUCACUGUGCUGCAUUUGUUAACCUAGCUUCUUUUCUUUAUGAAGAAUGCUGGCUUCAGUGAGCUUAUAUAUUGAACAUUACUAAAAUUGUGUGUGUUUGUGUGUGUAUGUGUGUGUGUGUGUAUGUGCGUGUGCCUGAUGCAGAAAAAGAGGCAGUUUUAAGCUAUAACGGGAGAUCCUCAAAUAGAUCCCUGUCUCCAGAAACUCUCUGUAUAUCUUUCACUCUUUCAAAAAAAAAAAAAAAAAAAAAAAAAGGUACAGUAUAUGCUUGGAGUCACAAGUCACAAAAACCCCAUCCAGGUUUAUAUGUCGUUUGCUUUGUGGAGCUUGACUCUGUUCAGAAGCCUCUGCUGUUAAUUUUGAAGUUGUUCUUUGGUUGGCGAUACAGUACUUUUUCAAACUUGUUCAAUGCAGGAUUUGUUAUUUAAAAAAAAAAAAAGCAAAAAAAAAAAAAAAAGCAGUGCUGUUCGGGAUUGCUUGGGAUUGUUUUGAAUUUGUUGCCUAGUAACGGGGUGUGUUGCUGGAACGUCUUAGCCAGUGUUCACCGAUUUUGUCUGUUGUUGCAGACGUUAUGUCUCAGUGGUCUUAAACCAAAACUGACACCUACCUGUCUUGCAGCUCUGAAUUUUAAAUAAAAAAGCAGGUUUUGUAUAUGCAUUGAACUCAGUGUUACAUUGUUUUUAUUGUAUGUCUCCUUGUCU